CACAUGAUGCUGAUUGCCGGUCGAAUUGUUGUAUUGACGGUACUUGCGGAUGUGGUUGCAGAGAAAGAUGUGAUGACGAAACUAUUAUUUGCGUGCCGCCGGAUCUUACUUGUACUGAGGAUGGUUUUGUUGUCAUUAUGGCGCAACCUGCUGUUAAGUUUGGUCACUCUGAAUUUUUGA